UUCCACAACUCAUGAUAAAUUAUUCAUAAAAAUUUCAGUUGCAUAUUGCGAGAAAUGCGGGAUGAGGACAAUCCGUCGAGUGAGGGAGAAAUAAUUCGUAGAGCAAUACUUAUGCACAAGCGAGCAAUUUCGUGAUUAUUCUCAAACUCAUUAAUAUCGACAGCUUAACAACAGAAGGGCAUGAGUGCACAAUAUUUUAUUCAAUUAAAAAUAAAUUUUCAACUUUUUUUUCACAUUUUCUCGGUUAAAUGAGAACUUCAGCACUUGCGUCGAUCUGUUACGGAGCUAUCGAAUUACUCUCGAAUUAAAUCGAGUUCGGAUGUUGUUUGGAUUAUUUUUAUUGUCUUUCUAUAGAUUGGCAGAACUCAUCGAAUCUUCCUUUACGAUGAUGCUCGGAUUUGUAGUUCUAACUAACAUGAUAUUAAUUAGUAUAACUGCAUUGCAAGUACGUAUAUCAUUAUCUCGUUGCGAUUACAUCAAUUUAUCGAUUGCGAUUGGUGCAGGCCAUGUUUGAGAUGGACGAACCCGCUAAAAUGGCUGGAUUCCUCAUUUUUGCUGUUGGACAAAUCACACAUUUGUUGUUCCUGAGUAUUCCAGGGCAGGAAUUGUAUGAUCACAGUAGCCGAGUCUUUAAUACCAUUUACAGUACCAACUGGAUUAAAUUAUCCACUGAACACCAAAAAAUGAUCCUCAUUAUGCUGAUGCGAAGUAUGAACCCAUCGUACAUAACAGCAGGCAAUUUUUAUCGAAUGAAUGUCGAGAAUUUCAAAAAUGUGAGUCUCCUGUGCCAUUCCACUGUUAUAAAUAAUGAUCGAACAAUUAUUUAUUCUAGGUAUUGCAAACCUCAAUGUCGUACUUCACAGUAUUCCUCUCAGUGCGAUAAUCACGAUGAUCUCAUCAAAUAGAAUGAAAUAGAAUCGAAUUUAUUUCCACAACGUAACUUUUACAUAUUUAUAUUUUCCGAAAUUAAAUAGAUAAUUUGCUGCAAAAAACACCAGAAACGAUAAAACAAUCGUAACUACCCUCCAAU